UACAAAACACUAGAAGGUGUUUGUUUCUUCUCUGCAGGUCUGCGUGACCUCUUCUGUCUGAGAGGCGCAGACCAUGUGCAGACAUAAUGGUUUGCAGUCCGUUUGUUUUUCUGAAGUACGCAGACAUAAAAACGUCUGUGCGAGGUCUUCACCACACAGAUAUGAGAUAGCCUCUUCUAAAGUCUGCAAUGCCUUUAACCUAAAAAAAACGCGUUUCUUUUUUUUGGUUUCCGCCUCCAUUCGUCGUCUAACCUCCCAACCUCCCAGAAAAAACCCUCGACGCCUCCAAUCAAAACCACCGAUCGCAGCCCUCCAAUCAAAACCACCGGUCGCAGCCCUCCUCUCCGAUCCGGCGUCCUCCGAUUGCAGCGACCAUGAACGAAGAACCACCGUCAGUGAGAGAAUAGCAAGGGAAAAGCGAGAAAUCAACGAGCAAUCAGAAAAUCUUGGACGUGUAUAAUCUAUCAUAUAUUCUUGCUAAAAUUGAAAGCCAAAUUCCCAGCAAAUCGAAAAUCUUACCUGUAAACAAAUUGGAUUUGUAAACAAAUUGGAUUUAUAUUUUUCUUUGAUUGGAAGCCAAUAUACAUAACUGUCAAGCAAAAGAUAACAUAUUCUCUUGUUGAUUGUGAUUGUUUAUGUGUAUAUGAUUUUUUAUUGUGUAUAUGUAUAUGAUUAUUGAUUGUGUAUAUGUA